AUGACCUCUGGAUUAGCCUCCACGCUCUCCAAGCUCAACCCAUUCGUCAAGUCCAGCCGAGAUGAGGACGACUAUGGAGAAGAAGUCGGAAGCGAUUCUGUCGCAGGAGGCGGUCAUGCUUCUCGUGUGAGCAAGAUUACCAAGGAGGAGCUCUACGUCAGUCGGGCGCUCAAGAAGUUCAUUAUCGAGGAGAAGAUUCUGGGCGAGCAUGAUGUCAAUCUACACGAGGUCGAGACCACUGGCGCCAUGAAGGAGCUUCUGGACAAGCCUCAUGUGCAUGUGCCCCGAGAAUUGACGGACAGAUCUCAUCCGCUCACGGAGUACUUCAUCAGCUCCAGCCACAACACCUAUCUGCUCGCCCACCAACUGUAUGGGACAUCCUCCGCUGUGGCCUACGAGAUCUCUCUGAAGGCAGGAGCCCGGUGUGUUGAAAUCGAUGCUUGGGACAAUGACGACGACAAAGACGAGCCAAAGGUCACUCACGGUUACACCCUGACCUCCAAUAUUGCGUUCCGAAAGGUAUGCGAAACAAUUCGCGAUGUGUAUGAUUCUGAGCAAGCAGAGGGCAAGCUGCAAUCCGGCUAUGCAGCUGCUCCCAUCAUGCUAUCGCUCGAAAAUCACUGUGGUGCUCACGGGCAAGCGAGACUUGCAGCGAUCAUGAAAGAAGUCUGGGCCGAUCGAUUGUUGAGUAAGCGAAUCCGAGAUGAAGGCACACGGGAGACAGAGCACAGUGGGGAGCACGUCAACCUUGCUGAAUUGGGCUCCAAAAUCGCUGUGAUUGUCGAGUACCAUCUGCCUGGCGAAGCCGACUCGGAUGAUGAAACGGAGGACGACGAGCCACAAGACGUCAAGGACCAGCGCCAUGCCUACCAGCAGCAGAAGAAGGAGAGCCCCAAAGGCGUCAUCAUCCCGGAGCUGGCUGAGCUGGGAGUAUACGCGCAGUCCGUAAAGCCUUCUAACAACUCAUGGUUCGAGUCGGAGUUGCAAGACCGCCCGCAUAAUCAUCUCAUCAAUGUCUCGGAAUCUGGUCUUGCGCCUUUGAUGGCGCAUUCCAGCCCUAAGAUCAGCAAGCACAAUUCUCAGCAUCUCAUGCGUGUCUAUCCGAAGGGCAUCCGCAUUUCCUCCAAAAACCUGAAUCCUGUUCCGUUCUGGGGUAUUGGCGCACAGAUCUGUGCCCUCAACUGGCAGACAUUCGAUGCAAGCAUGCAGCUCAACGAAGCUCUCUUCGCGGGCACUGACGGUUAUGUCCUCAAGCCCGUUGCACUCCGAGCAGGCGGAUCAGGCAUCCUCAACAGCGGCAAGAAGCAAAAGCUACAACUCCGCAUCGCAGGAGCUUCGAACUUGUCAUUACCAAAGGGUCGUGAGGCUGAUGACAUCAAGCCCUACGUGACCUGCACUUUGGUCCACCCUGAUGACACGGACAACGAGCCUCCGAAGCGCAAGACGUCCGGAUACCACCAACACAAGCUUGGUCUACUGCACAAAGGCGAGAAUCCAGCCAAUACCGAUCCCGUCUGGAACGAGACGCUCGAGUGGACCUAUGAAGAGAACGAGUUGACUUUCUUGAGGAUUCUGAUCAAGAGCGACGACUCUUGGGCACGCAAUCCGGUCUUUGCGGUCGCGACAGUGAGGUUGCUGUAUGUCGAAGGCGGAUGGACUUUCAUCAGAAUGUUGGAUCUGAAGGGCAGGGAGACACAUUGCACGAUGUUUGUGAAUUUCAAGGUUACGGAGGCUUAG